AUGGAGAAGGUGGGUGCUUCUCUUGCUUUUGGGUUCUUCUUUUUGGUGACGCUCGCUGCAGCUUCUAGGAAAAUUCUUCAGAUUGAAAACUGCUUAUCGCCUGGGGUCCGGCUGUAUAAGAAUAAUCAUCGGAUGGUGAUGGAUAAUGGCCUUGUCCAAGUCACUUUGUCUAGUCCGACCGGUGAUGUCACCGGAAUACAGUACCAUGGAAUCAAUAAUGCGCUUGAAACCAAGAAUAGGGAAGGUAACCGAGGGUACUGGGAUGUUGUCUGGAAUGAGCCCGGAAAUCGUAUAACUUACGACAGGUUGAAAGGAACAGAUUUUAAGGUUAUAAUGGAAGAUGAAGAUCAAGUAGAACUCUCAUUCACAAAGACUUGGAAUUUUACAAAUGGUAGCUCCUCGGCUCCCCUAAAUGUAGACAAAAGGUUUCACUUCAUGGCAAUAUCUGACGACAGGCAAAGGAUCAUGCCAAUGCCUCGAGACCGCCUCAAUGGUCAACGUCUUGCAUAUCCUGAAGCUGUUCUCUUGACCGAUCCGACUAAUCCACAGCUUAAAGGAGAGGUGGAUGACAAGUACCAAUAUUCAUGUGACAACAAAAACAACAGAGUUCAUGGUUGGAUCUCACACGAUCCACCUGUGGGAUUUUGGAUGAUUACACCAAGCGAUGAGUUCCGUGCUGGUGGCCCCAUCAAACAAGACCUCACAUCUCAUGUUGGCCCCACCGUCCUCUCUAUGUUUACCAGCACCCAUUACAGCGGGAAGGACUUGAAUACAAAAUAUAGAAAUGGAAAGCCAUGGAAAAAAGUUGUGGGACCUGUAUUUGUCUAUCUCAACUCCAUUUCCUCCCUUGAGGAUCCUACAAAAACACUAUGGGAAGAUGCUAAGGAUCAGAUGUCUAUAGAAACCAAGAGUUGGCCUUACAGUUUUCCUCAGUCAGAAGAUUUCCCAAGCUCGGAUAAACGAGGAAGUGUUGAUGGUCAAUUACUAGUUGAUGACAAGUACAUUAGCGACGGACUAAUGUGGGCAAGCUAUGCUUAUGUGGGAUUGGCUGCACCAGGCGGCGUGGGUUCAUGGCAAACAGAUGCCAAGGUGUAUCAGUUCUGGACCGAAGCCAACGAGGAGGGUCAUUUCUCAAUUGAAAACAUUAGGGUUGGGCACUAUAAUUUGUAUGCCUGGGUUCCUGGCAUUGUUGGCGAUUGUAGAUAUGAUGCUAUUAUCAACAUUCAACCAGGAGAUGAUAUCAAAUUGGGCGUCCUUGUGUAUGAGCCGCCAAGAAAUGGUCCAACUCUUUGGGAAAUAGGAAUCCCCGAUCGUACUGCUGCUGAAUUCUUUGUGCCCGACCCAGAUCCGAGCCUCGUGAACAAACUAUACAUCAACAAAUCAACAGACAAGUUUAGGCAGUAUGGAUUAUGGGAAAGGUACACUGAUUUGUAUCCUGAGCAUGACCUCGUUUACACUAUUGGCGUUAGUAAUUAUCCUCAACAUUGGUUUUUUGCUCAAGUUACCAGGAAUAUGGGAAAUCAUACAUAUCAAGCGACAACAUGGCAGAUUAAAUUUGAGAUAGAAAAUAUUGUCCGAACUGGAAAUUACACCCUCCAAUUGGCUUUGGCAUCAGCUACUGCUUCCGAACUACAGGUUCGAAUCAACGACAAAAGAGCGAAACGACCUCAUUUUACAACAGGACUAAUAGGAAGGGACAAUGCAAUUGCAAGACAUGGAAUUUAUGGCUUGUAUUGGUUUUAUAGCAUUAAUGUGCCAAGCCAUCUACUUUGCAGAGGAAACAACACAAUAUAUCUCACUCAGCCAAGAUGUACAUCCCCUUUUCAAGGAAUCAUGUAUGAUUACAUUCGUUUAGAAGGACCUCCAGAAACAGGAUAA